CUCCGCCACCGGCUCAGUCGCCGCGCAGUCUCGCCAUGGCUUGCUACAUCUACCAGCUGCCGUCCUGGGUACUGGACGACCUGUGCCGCAAUAUCGACACGCUCAGUGAGUGGGACUGGAUGCAGUUCGCUUCCUAUGUGAUCACAGACCUGACACAGCUGAGGAAGAUCAAGUCCAUGGAGAGGGUUCAGGGGGUGAGCAUCACCCGGGAGCUGCUGUGGUGGUGGUCCAUGCGGCAGGCCACUGUCCAGCAGCUGGUGGACCUCCUGUGUCACCUGGAACUCUACCGAGCUGCCCAGAUUGUCCUGAGCUGGAAGCCGGCUCCUGACAGCUUGUCUCCCCUCUCGGCCUUCCCAGAGGCUGUGAAGCCAGGUCCUGUGGCUACUUCUGGAAGAAACCUCAAGGAUGACCAGAAGAAGGGCCAGCCUGUGAAACCAUGCUCCUUUCUGAGCUCAGGGACCACCAUGGCUGGCGCCCAGCAGCAGGCCUCAUGCCAACGUCCAUGCGAGGAGGAUGCCCCUUGUUCCCUGAAAACUGAUGUACCUGACUCUCUCCAAUCUAAGUAUUGUAGCACGUCCAUCCCCAAGCAGGAAAAGCUUUUGAAUUUGCCCGGAGACAGGCUUUUCUGGAGUGAAGCAGAUAUCGUUCAAGCAACUGAGGACUUUGACCAAAGCCACCGAAUCAGUGAGGGGACCUUUGCCGAUAUCUACCGGGGACAAAGGAAUGGCGUGGCCUUUGCCUUCAAGAGGCUCAGGGAGGUGACUGGCUCAAGUCCAGGGUCCAUGGACAGAUUCCUGCAGGCGGAGAUGCAGCUCUGCCUCAGAUGCUGCCACCCCAACAUCCUACCUCUGCUGGGCUUCUGCACUGGAAGACAGUUCCACAGCCUCAUCUACCCCUACAUGGCCAAUGGCUCUCUGCAGGACAGACUCUGGGCUCAGGGCGACUCAGACAUGUUGUCCUGGCCACAGCGUGCCAGCAUCUGCUCAGGGCUUCUUCUAGCUGUGGAACACCUGCAUAGCCUGGAUAUCAUCCACAGUAAUGUGAAGAGUGCCAACGUUUUGCUGGACCAGCAUCUUAACCCCAAGCUAGCCCAUCCAGUAGCUCACCCGUGUCCCACCAAUAAAAAGACCAAAUAUACUGUAAUGAAGACUCACCUGUUCCAGGCCUCAGCUGCGUAUCUGCCUGAAAACUUCAUCCGAGUGGGACAGCUCACCAAGCAAGUAGACAUCUUCAGCUGUGGAAUUGUAUUGGCCGAGGUUCUCACCGGCAUCCCUGCAAUGGACAAGGACCGCAGUCCAGUUUACCUGAAGGAUUUGCUUCUCAGUGAGAUUCCCAGCAAUACUUCCUCAGUCCACUCCAGGAAGACCAGCAUGGGGAAGGUGGUGGUGAAAGAGAUCUGCCAGAAGCACUUGGAGAGGAAGGCAGGGCUACUGCCUGAGGCCUGCGCGGAAACCUGGGCCACCGCUGUGAGCGUCUGCCUGCGGAGACGGGAGGCCAGCCUGGAGGAGGCACGAGUCUCCAUGGCUGGGGUAGAGGAGCAGCUCAGAGGGCAGCUGUCCCUCCCCUGGAGCAGGGUUUCUGAGGAUACGGGCUCAUCUUCUAAUACCCCAGAGGAAACGGAUGACGUUGACAAUUCCAGCCUCAGUGUCCCCUCUUCUGUUAUGGUGGUGUCAUGUGCAAGGGUUUCCUCCCCUCCACCAUCCAUGGGAAAUGGGACAGCACAGCCAUCUACCAGUGGGAGGCAGGAGGCUGACUCCUCCUCCGAGGCUUGUGCAGGCCCACAGCCACCUCAGGAAGCUACAGAGACUUCAUGGAAAAUUGAGAUCAAUGAGGCCAAAAGGAGACUGAUGGAGAACAUCCUACUGUAUAAAGAAGAGAAACUGGACAGCGUUGAGCUUUUUGGACCCUGAUGACCAGAGCACAUCUGAAGACCCUUAUUCUCAACUGGAUAGACAAAUGUCCAGUCAAGGAAGAGGUCUUUGACUGCCCAAGUUCGGUUGAGAUCCAUACAACCCAAAUGUCAGCCUGAACAGAAGGAAACAUUGUUUCAUCAGAGUCAAGUUGCAGGGAGGGGGGCAGGGGGACAUCAACUUACACAGACACCAAACUCCAGGAAGUACUCCUCCUCUUUGAGACUGCUUAGUCAGAGGGCUAUGAAGUGGAACAUCUUGUACGUGACCCAAGGAUUUGGGUGGUUUUGUGGUUCCAGAGAGCCCGUGUUGAUUACCACCCUAAGAGAUGCUUGCCCCAAAAGCUUUUAUUCCUCCACAACGGACAAAGGGGUAUAGCACCCAUGGUGUUUUCCAGAGUUAUCAUCUGUCAGUCAUAUUUGCAGACAGUUUUCUACAAAUUUCCACUUCUUAAAAGACCUUCAGCCAGUGUCUCAGCAAUGCUUGACUCAUCUCUCAAGUUCAGGACUACAGAGGCAAGACAGUUGGCAAAGGACUCCUUAGGCUUACUCCUUCAGUUGGAGAUCUUGUAAGCCACUGGUAUUUGGGAACUGCUUGCUUUUCACCUUCGCCCUCCUGUCAUACCUAUGUUUAUUUUAAUGAAGACUCCGAGGUUGUAUGUUAUUUAUAACUAGGUGAAGAAGCAUGAGAAACAGUCUCAUGUUUGAUUCUGCUGCUAGUAAAGUCAGUCACUCAGUGGCGGUAACUCAGUUUCCUUGUAAGAUGACCCCUCUUCUAUUCAGAGCUGUUCUAUUCAGCUUUUGGGAGGUGAGGUGCAGUGGCUAUAGAAGCACUUUGAAAAUGUAUCUGUUCUGUUUUAUAAAUUAAGUAAAAGGUAUUUAGUUCAUGUUUCUGCCCUGUAGAAAAUGUUUAUGAAGUGAAUAUAUUUUUGAAAAGUCAUGUUGCAAACCUUUUUUGUAAAAGAAACUAUUUCUAAUUCACUAUUUAAAAAUAAUUCCACUAUAGUGACAAAAUAAAAAUGUUUGUUAUCUAGCA